AUGGUCAACAGGGAACUGGCGGUAGGACUGAUCUUCUUAACACAGACUACGGUUGGCAUCCUGGGCAAUUUCUCACUUCUUUGUCAUUAUGUCCUCCUCUCCUUCACUGACUACAGGUUGAAGUCCACAGAUUUCAUUCACAAGCACCUGACUGUGGCCAACUUCUUAUCCCUGCUCUGUAGAGGAGUCCCCCAGACCAUGGCAGCAUUUGGGUGGAAACAUAUCCUUAGUCACUUUGGAUGCAAACUUCUUUUCUUUCUUCACGGGGUGGGGAGGGGAGUAUCCAUUGGUAGCAUCUGCAUCUUGAGUGUCUACCAGGCCAUCACAAUCAGCCCCAGAAACUCCUGGUGGGCAGAGCUUAAAGUAAAAGCUCCCAAGUACGUUGUUCCCUCCAUCUUCCUGUGUUGGACGCUGCAAAUGGUGGUCAAUGUCAUUUUUCCUCUCUAUUUAACUAGCACAUUGAGUGAGAAAAACAUCACAAACAAAAAGGAUUUCAGAUACUGUUCUUUGGUUCGUCAUGACAAAACCAGCGCCUCAUUGUAUGCAGCACUGUUGUCAUUCUCUGAUGUGCUAUGUUUGGGGCUCAUGCUCUGGGCAAGCAGCACCAUGGUUUUCAUCCUGUACAGGCACAAGAAGCGGGUCCAACAUAUACAAAGAACCAUUUCUUCCAGGUCCUCCCCUGAGUCCAGAGCCACCAAAACCAUCCUUCUUCUGCUGAGCACCUUUGUCUAUUUUUACACCCUCUCCUCUGUCUUUCAAGUUGUUUUGUCUCUUUCUGAUAAUCCCAGCGGGGUCCUCCUGAAUAUCACUGCAAUCAUGGCGAUGUGGUUCCCAACUGUCAGCCCCUAUCUGCUCAUGAGCCGUGACUCCAAGGUACCUAGGAUCUGCUUUGCCUGGGCACGGAAUAUAAAAUCCCCUCGUCUUAUGAGAAAUAUGUAA